ACCCAACACGUCGCGCCCAAAACCGCCGACCAAGGCUCACACGCGGCGGCUCCUUCCAAACCCGCCCCCUCCCUUCUCCCUCCUCCCGCUCGCCGCCGCCGGCGGCGGCCGGAGGCCCGAAGGCGCAUGGGCCAGGCUCUGCGCCGCGCCUCGGGCCGCGUGAGGCCCCCUACUCCGGCGCCCUCGCCCCCGGCGAGGCCCCCUCCCCCGCCUCCGCCGCGGGCGCCGCCGGCGGCCGCGGGCGGCGCGCCCACCAAUGGCGAUGUCACAGAGCCAACAAAAAAUGCCCAUGGUGUAGUUGAGGAGCGUGAUCCAAGUUACGAGGAGAUGCUUAAGCACAUGGUUGGGAGAAUCACUACUAAGCCUGGAGGAAAACCAGAAAUGGGUGACGCUUCCGUCGUACAACGGUAUGACAGGCCUCUCCCAAAGGUCAGAACAUCAAAGGCUGACCCUGGGCAAAGCGGGAGCAGGCAGCUACCAUCAGGAGCCCUGAACGUCCAGCACAUCCAGGAGAUCAUCCAGCUGUACCAGGGCAAGUCCAGCACCCACAAUGGUCCCAUGAGCGUGGACGACAUCGCCUCGAAGUUCAGGGUGGAAGCCUCCGUCGUCCGGAACAUCGUGCAGUUUGUCUCGUUGCCCCAGGACGAAACCGCCCAGAAGAAAGAGGACUUCUGAGAGUCCGGGUGGCCCUGCUGCUGACGCUAAGCCUUUUUCUUGCCCCCAAGUUUCAUAGUGCCUUUAUGUUUUUGUUUGUUGUUGCUCCUCCUCCUGCUGAGAUGAGAUGAUGGAAAUCAAAAUGUGUCGUGUUUCCUUACCUGAAUAAAGAUGACAGCCUGCGUUUUUUUUUUACCCCACGGGCUUGUCAUUCUUGUCAUGGAUAUGAACAUUGGUCUGGUUUAUACUUAGUCUUCUAAAAGAACUAUGAACUACUGGAGAUCAGUGUCAACAAUCAAAAGCGUACAAUUGUAACGGUGGCUUAAAUACUUAAUGUUGCUUUUGCA